CGUAAUUGGACAGGACCUACUAGGUGUAGUUUCUGUGAUCGGGAUGAGACUAUCAAACAUCUCUUUUUUGAUUGCCCGUUAGCCAAGGUACUUUGGCAGACGGUCCACAUUGCUUUUAGUAUUAAUCCACCGAAUUCUGUUUCUGCGUUAUUUGGGACUUGGCUUAAUGGGAUUGAGCCUAACUUAGCGAGACAUAUUCGGGUUGGAGUUUGUGCUUUGCUGUGGACUAUCUGGACUUGCAGGAAUGAUUUGGUUUUUAACAGAAUAUCAUGUAUACAUUUUUUGCAGGUCAUAUUCCGAACUACGACACUGAUCCGUUCAUGGUCGCUACUCACCCAGAUGGAGGCCAGGGAGCAUUUGGUUACUGGGUCUUUCCGCUGGGAGAUGGUAGCUCGGGAUAUCUUCAAACGGUUUGGAUGGCGGUCAUGUAAUAGGAUAGGCAUUUAGAUUUCCUAUCUUUUUUUAGCCAGCCGGUUGUGGCGUCUUUUCUUGGCUAGUUGGUGUUUCUAGCCCCUAUUGGCUUUGGGUGAGCUGUUGGUGCUUUUUUAUUUAUGAAGACCUUUGGAACCAUGUUGACAUUACUUUAUUUGGUUAAUAAGAUGGCCGUAUGCAUCUCUCUGAUGCAGAGGCCGGGGUAUCACCCCUUUUCCAAAAAAAUUAGGGAACUCACAUCUUCGCAUAGCACCACUCGUAGGUUAGCCAUACAAAAUGAGCAGGAUGGAUCUGUGGCUAACAUGAGCAUGCAUCAAGUGAGGUCAUAUAAUGCCACCAUGUGUCAUUUCAGCAUGUUGCCAUUGCUUUCAAACUUUAAAGCUCUACGUGUGUUGGCUUUAGAAGAGUGCACUUUCAUGGGAAGUGAGCAAUUCUCUAUGAAGCCCGAAGAUUCUCCUUAUCAUCUCAAGCAUCUUGAGAGGCUGAUUCACCUGAGCUACCUUGGAAUAUCGGACCAGCUUGAGAGCUUAGAGGUCCCUGAAGAAAUUGGGGACCUAAGGUUUUUGCAGGUACUGGACUUGGGCAGAAGUGGCAUAAAAAAACUGCCUCAAAGUGUUGGUCGGCUAACACAACUGAAGUGCCUGCGCUUUCCUGGUUCUAGCAUGGAGGUGUUGGACUGCACGAAUCUAACAUCCCUGGAAGAGCUAAAAUUGCACACUGUCUCUACAGACUUUCUGAAGGGGCUGGGCAAGCUGAAGGAGAUGAGAGUGUUCGAAGUACUCUUUGAGGAGCAUGAUAAUAUGUUGUUGAAAGAUUUGAUGGGACAUCUUGCCAAUCUGCAAAAACUUCAAGUCAUAAUGGUUGAUUGUUGGAGUCGAGAUUGUAAGCAGUGGUCUGGUUACGCGGGCUCCGUGGCCCUUGGCCACCUCCGUCAUCUGACAGUGCAUGGCCUGCUUCCUGGGCUGCCAGUGUGGAUUAACACCUCAUGCCUCCCGAAUAUACCUG